AUGGACACUCAAUUAUUUUCCCCACUGUUAGGAGGAAUUACUAGUACUCCACCUCCUCUAGGAUCUUCCCAUCUGUCUAGUGACUGGGCAGCAGGUGGAGAGGAAAUCAGCUCAAAAUCUUCAUUUCAAGACUGCACAAAGGAAAGGGCUCCAAUAAAUCUUCCUUAUUCUGGCAAUGGCCCUGAUAUGUUUGGUCUAGUGUCAAGCAUUUUGGAGGAGCCAAGCAAGCCAGAAGCAGUUACAGAUUGGAAUUCUCUUUCAAGACUGUUUCCACCAAUGUGGGCACCUGACCUUGGAAGCAAUGGUGAAUUCUCAGGGCUCUCACCUAAUUCUCAUUCUAUUCAAAGUAAGGAUUUUUCAAACCUGAUGGGCACACAGAUGGGCUAUCAGGAACACUUGCAAAAGUCUCAUGAUGUGGAGAUGUUACACAGAGGUUUGGAAGAUCUUCACUUCAUAGAGUCUUGGCUUUCUCCAUCUGGCCCUUACACUCAGCCUGAUAAUAUUCUGAAGAACAGUUACCUUGAGAAUUCCUCUUUGCAAAAUAAUAACACAGUUCUCCAAGAAAUGUUUUCGUUUCAAAGUGUAGACUGUGAUGAGCAUUUGGGAAAUUAUGACCAUAUGAGGUUAAAUGGAGACUACGAGAAAAUCAAUCCCAAUUUUAGCACUUUUUCUUCCCAGAACAGAAUGAAAGAAGGCACUAGCAUUCAGAAAGAGAGUUGGAAAGCUGACAGAGCUAGAGGCAAAGUUAUGAAAAAUCAUGCUCAAGAACAAGCUAAGUAUUCCCCUGAUCUUUCCCAUCAGACUCUUGAUGGCUCUUGGGAUAAAGUGUCCCAGGACAGCCAGUUAUUUUCUAAGAGAUAUGAAAACUUCACAGCUGCUCCUAAUUUGCAGUCACCUGCUCAUUCAUCACUAUAUUUUUUUAAUCAAAUCCCUACAGAAAAUAAUUUUUCUGGAAGGACAAACAGAAAGCAAGAGGAUGCAAAAACUCAGAUGCAAAACGGUCAUCAUAGCUUGACUUUGGGGGACGAUUUUAAUAAUAACGAAUAUAAGAUCCACACUGGUCCUCAAGAAUGCUCUAAUCAAGCUUCUGAAUAUGGUUUAUCUGUCAAAAAAGUUAUGCAAAAUGGGAAUUAUUCCUUGUACCAUGGACAUAUGUGGUUGGAUGGGAAGGUUGCAGGUCCAUCAGCUGCUGCAGAUGCCACGUACGGAAAGCAAGUGGUGAUGAGUCCGCAGUCAUCGUCAGGGGCUUCAGCUGUGCCCAGUGGUUCUCCCACCCAUCAGUCUAGAACACAGUCUUACCACUCGCAGAUCUCCCCUGCCCUCCCUCCAAGGAAAGAUGGAAAGUUACCAACGUCAAAUGGUAUUUCUAAUCAUUUGGGACUUUCUAACUUCCUCUCAGAACAUCAGAAGCAGGUGAAGCCCGUGGGACGAUCGCAGCGCGAUGCUCCGGCUAACGUGGAGGGGCAGUACCACAGAUUCCCCAGGAAUUGUUCCUCCGACUGGUUAGCACAGCAGAAUGCUGCAAGUGGGGACCUUGAAAAAUACCACCGAUUUCCAAAAAAGCAGACCCAAGAGCAUAAUAAAGCUGAUAAAAGAGGCAGAAGGACUUGGAUUCCUCAGUUCGGGUGUCCAACCCCAAACCGUCAGCAGUUCAACGUGUUCCGAAAAAAACAUGAACAAAAUGGCAGUAGCUUGUCAGAUUUCAUCAAUCCUUCUUUUCUUCCUUCUUUCCCACUAACGUCUGAUUUUAAGCAAAAUCCCAACUUUCCUUCAUUUAAUCACCAUCUGUUUUCAUCAGGAGGUAAUUUCAGUUUUCCUCCGUCACCAUUUCCGUUCUCAGAGCUUGUUGAUCUUUUGCGUUACGACGAUUUUAACCACUUGAACCCUGUCAUCAGUGAUCUGUUUUGUGGGGAGGUAGCUGCACCAUACUUGGCCUUUCCAGCUCCAUUUAACAAGUUCAGACCUCCAAGAAGUCGCAGUGGGCCUGCUAACGAGCUCCAUAUCCAACUGGAGGAGUGUUACGAGCAGUGGAGAGCUUUGGAGAAAGAGAGGAAGAAGACUGAGGCUGACCUGGCAAGAAGCUUCCCAGGAAAGCGCAUCUCUAGCUCAAAUAACCCUCCUGUGUCCCGGCUCCCUGCGAACCCGUCACGAGUUGAUCGCUUGAUCGUCGACCAGUUCCGAGAACAAGCCAGGGUGCUCACGCUGAUAGGGAAAAUGGAAAGGCUUUGUGGUGCAGCUGUGCACGGGAACGUUGCCGCCGCGCUGGAACGGCACGCGGAAGCCGUUCGUGUGACCCAGGCGAGGCGUAAGGAGGAGAUUGUCAAUGCUGCUAACCCACAGAGGCAAGGAGCACCACGUUUUAAUAACGAGAAAGGUAACUGCUUUCCAAUGUUGUGGGCUCUGGCAGCUGCCAUCAGAGAGCUGGCUGCUUCCACACGCAAGGCUCGGACGGCUUUGUGGUGCGCGCUGCAGAUGACCCUGCCAAGAACCUCUCCCAGCUGCCCAGCAAAACAAGAAGCUGUUGAGAGGGCAUUGCAAGAGCUUUGUCCUCCAAACACAAGCACACAAGAAAAAAACGACGUGGAACGUGAAGACGAAGGAAGCAAAAAAGAAAAAUCAGAGGAACCUGUGAGGAUUGUGGAGUAA